AUGCGCGCCGAGGUCCCGGCGGCCCUUUCCGCCGCCGUGUCCGCGCUGCUGGCCGGCCUCCCGCUGCCCGCGCAGCCAGCACCCCCCUCCCUCCCGCCCCAAUCGCACGCGCGGCCCGCUCCGGAUGCCUCCCUCUCCGCCCGCGCCACCUUCUUCAACCCUUUCUCCCCCAAGCAGCCCGCCCCUCCCUCCAAGACCGCUCCGUCCCCCCCCGCCCAGAACACCCGGCAAGACUCUUCGUCGCCACGCGCGUCCGAUUUGCAGCUCUUCGAUUCGGGCGCCCCGCCGGCGGCACGCACGAAGCCCGCCCGACACCCGCCCUCGUUCGUCACGCAGGCGGUCCGGUCGGUCGGCACGUCAGUUGUAAGGAUUGACACCGAGCGCGUCAUACGCCCCUCGUCUAGCAUCCCGAGCGCGCUGGAUCCGAUAUUUGACGACCCUGCGUUGUCGAGGCUCUUUGGCGAGCCACCGACGAAGAUUCGCAUGGAGCGCGGGCAGGGGUCUGGCUUUAUUAUUUCCGCGGACGGCUACUUGCUGACGAACGCGCAUGUUGUGAGGAAUGCUCAUCGAGUAACGGUUACGUUGACGGAUGGCAGGUCGUUUGUGGGCGUUGUGAAAGGAGCAGAUGAGUAUCUCGACUUGGCUGUUAUUAAGGUGGAUACGGAGGGGAAGAAAUUGCCGGUGGCUACAAUGGGAACGAGCGCGGAGCUGGAAGUCGGCGAUUGGGUUAUCGCUGUGGGGAAUCCGGUGGGGCUGGAUAAUACGGUCACGCUAGGCAUUGUGUCGAGUUUGAAUCGGUCUUCAUCAGAGGUCGGGAUACCGGAAAAGCGAUUGAAUCUCAUACAGACGUCGGCCUCGCUCAAUCCGGGAUCCUCAGGAGGUCCGAUUUGCAAUCAGUGGGGUGAGGUCGUCGGGAUCUCCACCGCCGUGCGCGCCAAUGCUGAAGCGAUUGGGUUUGCCAUUCCCAUCGACAUCGCAAAGGAGGUAGCAUCAGAAUUGGCACGGGGAAGAACGCUCGCGCAUGCGUUUUUAGGCAUUAAGAUGAGCAAUCACAACUCAAGUGUCGCUAAAAGGGCCAACAAGGAUCCGAACGCAGGAGUCAUCGUGCCAGAAGUUGAUGGUGCCAUCGUGAUUAGGGUUGUGCCAAAGUCGCCAGCUGCAGAGUCGGGAUUACGCAGGAAUGACGUCAUUGUGGCGAUUGAUGGGAAAAAAGUCCGGAACGCGAAGGACGUUCAGGCGUCUGUGGAUCGAGCAAGGGUGGGACAGAUGGUGAACAUGCAGGUUUUUAGGGGCGAUGCCAGUUCUGCCCUCACUCUAGGAAUCAAGACUGGGAACUUGUCACUGAUCAAGAGAGACAACCUACCGAGAACAAUAAUUGUUCCAGGUCAAUAGCUUCGGUUGGGUGGGGGGUAGAAAAUGUGAGGAAGGAUGUCUCUUUGCUCUUGGGAGUGUUGGGUCACUUCGGGUUUGAACCCGCGAACCUGACGCUGCUGCCAUGAAUGAAUAGUAGUGAUUGUUGCUGAUGGCGACUGUGAAUCCCCGGUGCUGAAGGCACACGACGGUUUCACUUCACCGCCGCGUAAAUCGCAUUCUUGAAAA